CGCGCGGCAGCGCAUUUCAACCCGCGAGAUUAAAAAAUUAUCAUUUUUUUAAUUAGUUCCUAACGAUAACUUUGCCUGAAAAAAAGUAUAUAAGUAGUCAAUAAAAAAAAAAUUGAGACUAAAAAAAUAAAUUUGAAUUGAGAAUUUUUUGAGAAAAGGCGCGUUUGUCGUUCGAUUAGUUAGAUUCAAUUGUUUGUUUAUUACUGGAAUUUAAUUGUGUUUUCAGAAUUACUCCGGACCUAGGCGGUUAAUUGAGGCGUUAUAAUGCGCGAGAGUCUCCGUCGCCUCACUCCCGAGGAAGGCUGGCGGGAACGAAGAAUGGGAGACACCAGGAGAGUCAGGGUGGAGCUGAUGGAUGGAGAGCAUAUCACUGUGGACAUGGAUAGGAAAGCCCGUGGCUCUGAUCUUUUGGACAAAGUGUGUGAUAACCUGGACCUGGUGGAGAAGGACUACUUCGGGCUGCUUCACGCCCAACGAGGGGACCCUAGGCUCUGGGUAGAUCUCAACAGGAGACUGUCUAAGACUUUCAAAAAUGAGCCUUGGGAUGUGAAAUUCGCAGUGAAAUUCUACCCUCCGGAGCCUUCAGAGCUGGGCGAUGACCUCACCAGGCAUCAGCUUGUGUUGGCGGUCAGCAAAGAUCUCAUGGAAGGACGCCUGACGUGUUCCAACAUAACGCACGCGCUUCUAGCGUCGUACCGGCGGCAGGCCGAGCGCGGCGACCGGCCGCCGGCUGCGCGUGCGCCGCUCGCGCUCUGUGACGAGAUGGAGGACAAAAUUGAUGAACUCUAUAUGAAACAUACAGGCCAAACCCCGGCUGAAGCCGACUUAAAUUACUUAGAAACGGCUAAGAGGUUGCCCCUGUACGGCGCCGAACUCCACGUGGCCAGCGACGUGCAGUGGGCGGACAUCGUGCUGGCCGUCACCGCGCACGGCGUCGCCGUCUUCAGGGACGGCCAAGUGAUGAACCGCUUCCCCUGGGCGAAGAUCACAAAGAUCAGCUACAACAAACGCACAUACACUCUGCGCCUGCGCACAGGGGAAUUUGACGAAUUUGAAAAUCACGUCAUCUUCAGACUGCCCUCCACUACGGCCGCUAAGAAAUUGUGGAGAUGCAGUGUGGAACAUCAUAUCUUCUUCAGACGGGAGACUCCAGUGAAAGUGGAGCGGGUGACCGGCUUCCCGCGACUGGGCUCCCGCCGCGUGUCGUGUCGCAGGACGUUACGACAACUGCGCGCCGAGCCCAGCGCCCAACCUGCUUUGGUCGCCUGAAAUAAAACAUGUAAUCACGUCUAUAUACGGGUAGACAGAGCCAACAGUCUUGAAAAGACUGAUAGGCCACGUUCAGCUGUUUGGCUUUAAGAUGGAAUUGAGAUUCAAAUAGUGACAGGUUGCUAGCCCAUCGCCUAAAAGAAGAAUCCCAAGGGUUAGGCUUAUACCUAACCCUUAUUCGCCUUUUACGACAUCCAUGGGAGAGAGAUGGAGUGGCCCGUUUCUUUUUUCUAUUGGUGCCGGGAACCACACGGCACCCUGAAAUAAAACUAGUAGUUUAAAUCGUGUCGUGUCGCAGAACGCUAAGACAACGGCAGGUAGAACGCACAAUCUAAUAAUAACUAAGAAUUUUUAGUUCGUGUGGUUAGCGGAGUUUAGCGCUCAGCCUGCUUUAGUUGCCUGAUAUAUGCUGCAGUGUAGUUUGUUCCGCCGCUUCUUCUGGAAGCGGAAUUAGAUAUAAUUAGAUUUAAGUGAUGUGACGUCAAUAAGUGAUUCCUUUUAUCCAAUUUUGAAAAUAAAUCUAUUCUAUUCUAUUUUAUAAAAAAAAUAAAUAAAAUUAAGUCGUGUCGUGUCGCAAGACGUUACGCUACACAGUAUUAUUAUACCUAAUAUCAGAUGUAAAAAGUAUUUUGUUAAAAAACUAAAAUUAGAAUAAUAAAUGCUUUUUUUAUGUACCAAGUAAUUUUCAAAUACAAAAUAGGUUUGACUUUUGUAUUUUACGCAAAAUACAUAUAGGUAUUAAAACAUUUUAUUGUAAUAUAUUUUUGUUGCAAAAUCAAUUUCUAGUUUUUAAGAUUCAAUAAUAAUAAGGAACUUUUGUAAGUCACUGUUUGUAUGUCAGCAAAGCCACAGGAAUAGGCUAGUGACAAAAUUAUAAAAUAAAUCUUCCUCCUCCUGGCUUUAGUCCCGGUUGCAUCCUAACCACUCUGGAGAGGAGCCUGGGUAUGCCUUUGACCAUGGAUCCUGGAUUGGGUGAGUCAGGUUUUUACACGAAGCGACUCCCGUCUGACCUCCGCAACCUUUGCAGUGAAACCUAAUACGUAUUAGAUCUAUCAUGGUUACACAUCCAGUUGCCUGAAUGUGCAGGUUUCCUCACGAUGUUUUCCCUCACCGUCUCAAUAUAUACUAUCUACUUAAAAAGCUGAAUAGUUUGUUUGUUUGUUUGAACGCGCUAAUGUCAGGAACUACUGGUCAGAAUUGAAAAAUUAUUUUUACGUCGAAUAGACAUGGUCUAUUCGACGAAAAAAGGAGGAAGGAAGGCUUUAGGCUAUAUAACAUCACGCUGCAACUAUAAGGAGCAAAGAAAUAAUGGAAAAUGCGAAAAAACGGGGAAAAUUAUUCAUCCUUGAGGGCUUCAAUGAUGCCCAUAAUAAUUAUUCGACGCAGACGAAGUCGCGGGCACAGCUAGUGUUAUUAUAAAAUGUUUAGAAUUAAAUUAAAUUAUUAAUAUUACUUAGUGCCAUUUCAACAUCGACACGAACAUUUUGAAAUAAAUUGUUAUUUAUAAGGUCCUACUUUAUAAACGA